AUGUUCGCGUUCAGCACUUUAGGAAUAUGCCGCGUUGCCGACGCUGGCUACCAAGACUAUUUCCGACCCUUGUCUUUUGCCCGCUUGUAUGCGAAUGAGCAAAGUCCUUCACCCGAAGGGGAGCGGUCCCUGUCGGCAAGCGAGCUGCGCCGAAUGAAGCACUCGGCUGAACAGCUUGACAGUUCAAAACAGGAAGGAGGCAGACUUCGAGAGCUAGAAGUGAUCUUCAAAGAUGCUUCCUACAAAGUCUUGGUGUGUUGGAAUUCAGGCGGGCGGUUCUGGUAUCUUGAAACAGAUGUUGCCAGCACUACUGCGUGUAUGCCCUCGAGGUGCACACAAGAUGAUGUUGAAAAUACCAUUGCUCGCAUGUUCUUUGAACGGAUAGCUGCACCCGGCAUUCGCCCGGAAAUCGCCCUUGUCCGUGAAAUAUUCCACUGGGGACAGCUGCAGCUGGAUUUCGUCAUUGUGGGAAUGGACGGGUGUGGCAGCACAUCUUUGCACAGAAUUUUGGCUCAGCACACUGAGAUUCAGUUCACGAACUUAUCCGUGUUCAACGUUGAUGAGGACUUUUUCAUGAUAGAGAUGGGCAGGCAGACUUUGCCUUUCCGUACUCAGGUGGAGCGCUUCAACUUAUUCCGGUCGGAGCUCCGGCGGCAGAAGGGCGACUCACAGGUGGUGGGGCUUUAUCAGCCUUACAUGUGGAAUGUCGAGAUGUUGAGGUUGGCAAUGUUGGAGAUGCCCAACUUGAGGGUUCUUGCCACGGUUUGUGACCCCGUAGACCGCUUUGAGCGCCGCAUGCAUGGCCAGAGCAACCCGACAGAUGACGAGCUCUCGGAGGCCGUGGCGGUGCAGCUGAAAGACGACGCGUCAGUGAAUUUGGUGCAAAAGUGGCAGGCUUGGCGUGAGUUGGGAGACCGGCUCCUCUUUGUGGAGCAGCUCAGACUCAGCUCUCACGAGACUUGGAGGACCAUCUCGGAUUUCCUGAAAAUUCGGCGGUAUCCCAACUCCUUCCGCUUCCCACUCUACAAUGCACGCGGCUCGCGGACAAGCUUGUGCCGGCACCGGACGUUGCUCCAGGCCUUGAAGGAGCGCUUCAAGGCGGAGUACGAUUUCCUGUCUGAGGAGCUGGGGUCCCAAGCCUUUCAGCUCCGGCAGACGCACUGCGAAAGGUUGGAUUCGAUCAAGGAGGCUUGCGUGAAGGACCGGUGCUCAGCUUAG